AUGUUAUUGAAGCAAAACCCCAAUGGUGUUUUCAUUACGGAGAGCUGGUGCAAGCCUCAUAUGAUUAGUGAUGCCACGUUAAGUGGUCAAGGUAAGUACGCUGUGUUUCGUUGUGAUAGGGAUGGUGACAGACAAGGAGGGGGUGUCAUUGUUGCUCUACGGAAAGAUAUCCCCCACCGUCUGUAUGUAUCCAAAAAUUUCUCUGAGUAUUGUCAAGUAAUCAUUAUGGAGGUCACCAUUAGUUGUCAUGUAGUUAUUAUUGCUACGAUUUACAGAAGCCCCUCCUGUAGGUUUGACGCUUUUUGGGAGUUAAUUACAUUUCUCUCUGACCUUAUUCUCGAUUGUCCUAGCAAAAUCAUUAUUAUGGGCGACUUGAACUUUCCACUGAUUGAUUGGACCUCACUUAGUCAUCGGGGUAAUUUAAGUUCUCCCUCUUCGACUGCCCUUAUUGACCUUUGUGUGUCUUUUAACCUCAAGCAACUGGUCAUGGAGCCCACCCUUGGACUAAACAUACUUGAUAUUGUGUUGACUUCGGAUCCUGAAAUGGUUAGAUGUGUCGAAGUAAUGCCUCCCUUCAGCACAUCUGACCAUCGCAGUAUUAGCGUGCUUUUGUCUCAACCGAUUUCUUGUCAGCUCUUGAAGUAUACUCUCCGCCCCAAUUUCGCUAGAGGCGAUUUUGUCAGCAUCAACAGGGGCCUAUUAGAGAUUGACUGGGUGCCACUUAUUGCGGCAGGUUCUCCAAAUGAUGCUUACUCCUUGUUUGUUUCCAUCUGUCACUCGUUCAUUUCGCAGUACGUGCCAUGCUCCAAGGCUAAAACUUCACCCGGAUAUAUACCCAAGAAAAUUCUUCGCUUAAGGGCUAAAGUGAACCGCAUCUACGCCAAUGUUGAUCGUUAUGGUUUUCGUAUUUAUGCUAAAUACGCUCAGAAGCUUAAGCGUUUGAUCACUCGUUUAGCCAUUACUGAGGAAGAAAAACUUGCCAAGCAGAGAAACCUUCGUCGCUUUUUCAGAUAUUGCAAUAGUAAACUCAACGUGUCCGAUGAAAUCCCUGAGCUUAUUCUCGAUGGCAAUACCACUGCUCGUUCAGACUGGGAGAAAGUCGUAGCGUUUGCUGAGUAUUUCCGGGCUGUUUAUAGAGAAUCAAACACUACGAUAACGAUAUAUUAUAACACUGAAAAUGAGGAACUGACAGCAAUCAAGAGAAGUCUGAAAAUUCGAACAAAGUGUAAGAUCAUGACUUAUCCAUGUUCGUUGGGUGUUGCAGAAGAAGGACUUUUGCUCAAGGAAGGGUAA